AAUAUAUAAUUAGUCAAACUCAAUGAGGUCAAUAGCGAAGGGCUCUUUUUGCAAACAUCGGUUGGAAUCGUAUAAUAAUAAUUUAAUAUUUCCGAGUACUGCCAUUCUCAUCUCAAGGUUUAUUAAUGGAGAGCUUCUCUGGUUGAAUUGAAAUUGAAUCCCUCAAAUCACAUAUCAACCUUCCUUGUUCCUUCACAUACCAAAAAUCACCAAACCCAGAAAGAAACACAUAGCAAAGAACAAUUGGGGGCAACUUAACUCACAAAAAGGAAAAACCCACGAGAAAAUACUAAGCUUCUCUCCAAGUUGGGAUCGGAAGCCAUGUGGGCCUUGUGGACUUGGCUCUUCUCCUUCUUCUUCAUCUUAGCUCUGCUAUUACUUCUCGGUUUUCAGCUUAUAUGCUUGGUUGAUUUAGAGUAUGAUUAUAUCAACCCCUAUGAUUCAGCAUCAAGGAUAAACAAUGUUGUAUUGCCAGAGUUUAUUACUCAAGGAGCUCUAUGCUUAGUACUUCUUGCCACAGGACAUUGGCUUGUGUGUCUAUUGCAUCUCCCAUACCUGUAUUAUAAUGUGAGACAAUAUAUUCAGGGACAGCAUUUGGUAGAUGUAACUGAAAUCUAUAGUCAACUAAAAGUGGAGAAAAAGAAACGCUUCAUCAAGAUGGGAUAUCUCAUUUUUCUUUUCAUCUUCUCCUUAUUUUGGUUGCUUUUCAACCUUGGAGAAGAAGAUGAUUAAGAGAGCAUUCUUGCUUUUUCUUGUGUAUGAUCAGUGUUCCUGCAAAAGAGAUGAGGGAGAGAAAAAAAUGUCUGGGAUGCAGAUUCAGGGUCUGUAAAUUUAGGCAUGAUUUUGACGCCUAAUAUGUACUUGUAUUUAACUAUCCACCAUUUUAUUUUAUAACUUUAACUCUCUCACUCAUAACCGCAAGCUGCAAAAGCUACAAGGUUUGCGGCAAUUCAUUCUAGUUUUAGUUCCCUUUUGUGAAAUUUAUUUGUUUGUCUGGAGACAUUUCUUUCUAGCACCAUAAGCCAAAUUUUAGAGACAAAUCAAAUUUGGAUAAAUGUCAAUUCUUUCAUACUAUUGACAACUCUGCUUUACUCGA